GACAUCACAGCAGCCGCGCAAGGAAAACUUGAACUUAACCUACGGCCAUCAGCUGUCUUUGGGGACACAACUGUCACUCAACUUCUUCAGACUAUGUUAUUGUAGCAUUAUAGGGACCCAGCUGCAAGCGAACACCUUUCUAGCCCACGAUGGGCGACAAAACUUCAUUCCUCAAGACUCUUGUCGUCCCUGCGAUCAUCUCUCUCGCACUCUUCGUUGUCCUGUCCUACGUCUUGAUCCCGGCAUAUAACCGCUACCGAACGCGCUACUCGCAAUACCUGCCUAUCGAGAGCAUUACGGCCACGGGCAGCUCGCUCCGCGAAAGGGUCAUUACGCGCAUCGCACGGUUUGCGAAUCGUCGGGAAGAAAGGCACAUGAGCGCAGAUGCGUUGUCUAUAGACAAUAGAGACGAGGAGAUCGACGAUAGCGAGGGUGAAGAGCUGGGAGCGGUGGAUGCGCGCACGAGGAGGAUGGUAGCGAGCCAUGGACGGGCGGACAGUGCCGAUACACCGAGGUUGAGUAGAGAUCUGGAGGCUGGUUUUAGAGACGACAGCGACGACGACGAGCCGCGACGGUGACCCAACCGUUUCCAAUACUUUUGUUCGGACAUAUACAAAUGUACCACUGCAGAGAAGAUAUCCGCACUACCAUUGAGGUGCCACUUCCUGCAUCUUAUCGCAGCCAAGGCUGCUCGGGUGAGACCUGCGGAUUGCUGGAACACUGCCAUGACGAUCCUUCCGACACACCAUCGCGUUCCGUCUGUCUUUGCUUCUCCAUGUCCGCUGCGCGACGUAGGGAAUCCGGAUGCCACAGACAUGGCUCGUCGGGGUCCAUGAGAAACUAACUCUGCGGCCGCGGCUGUGGCUUGGGGGUCUGGUGCCUAUUGACGAAGAACCUGUCUUGAGGCUGGAUAUACCAGUCAGGCGUUGGGUACACUGCUACUCCCUGCUCAUGUAGCCGCGCCAUCGUGUUGGCAGUCUGGCAAGCGUGGUAGUUCAGCCGGGUUUCUGGCAGCUGUGGAGUGUCGCGUCGUGUUGGUGCAACUCUCAAGUUGAAA